GUUGUUAAAAAUUGAAAUCAAAAUAAAAAUAAUGAAAGGAGCGAAAAUGUUUUAUUAAAUUAAAAGAAGUAGAUAGGUCUCAGAUAUCACAAUGCGUUGGAGUGAAAAAACUACCCAGGACUUCGUAAGAAUGUAUUUAAAAAAUGAGUGUUUGUGGAACACCAAUCAUGCCGAUUAUAAAUUAAAACAUCGCAGGGAUAAAGCCUACGCCUCUCUGUCUGAAGAAUUCAAUGCAUAUACAAAAAUUUAUUUAUCGACAACAGAAAUUAAGAUAAAAAUCAAGAAUCUAAGAUCUACAUACAUGCAGGAAGUAAAUAAAGUCUUACAGAAAUCGAGUCCAGAAUGCAUUUAUAAACCGUCGCUGGUCUGGUUUGAUGAGAUGGAUCGAUGUUUAAAACAUACUUACGUGAGGCGUUCCUCAUCUAAUUCAAGCAUACAACAAGCUCAGGAAGUGGAUUCUUCAAGUCAUAUCUGGGUUAACCAAGUACAAGAUAAUCUGAAAGAAGAAGUAGACCCAGAUCCUUUAAUACCAGACACUGAUAAUUAUUGUGACUCUCCUAAACCAGACGAUUCUAACAGAGAAGAAUCGGAAACAUCCAAUCCGCCUAAGAAAACCAAAAAGAAAAAAUACAAACAUACUAAAUCAAUUCCUGAACCUCAAACUGACUGCACAAAAGAGGAUGAGUUUGACAUUUUUGGUAAAUAUAUUGCAACACAACUAAGAACUAUGAACUUGCACAAAGCUCUAAGAUUGCAGUUAGAAAUACAUAGUUUAGUUAAUGAGGCAAGGGUAGCGGAUAUAAAUGACUAGUCAUAUAUUUAGAAUUUACUGGAUUAAUAUUUAACAAUGGUAAAAAGCUAUCAGUUAGAUCUGUAAAAGAAGAUAUCUCUUUUAGGCUGAUUGCAGAAAAGCACUCUGGAAUUAAAUUAUUAUUGUUUAAUAUACUACAAUUUUAAAAAACUAUGUAAGAUAAUUAAAACUAUAUUUUUAGGAUUAGUUAUAAUCAAAGUAUCUCAUUAGUGUGAGGCAUCCCAUAAUGGGUCUUUUUAUUUUAAGAACAAUUUUUAUAAUUUUACAAAUUAUAACUACCGGCUCGACUAUUUUUUAAUGUUGCAUUUUUAGCACUUUUUAUCUGUUAUUACCUGAUUUCGUAAAUACUACAAGGCCAUGCUUGAACUAAAAUGUGAUUUAUGAUCAAUAUGUGCCAAAUAGUAUUUAAAUUUAAAUCUUCCUCGUUACUAGGAAGAAAAAUGUUGCUUAAUUGAACUAUGAACUUAUUUGGCACAGCUGUACCUGACUUAUGCUUACAUUAGGAACACAUAGAUUAAUGCAUAAUUACAAAUAAUGAUUAUCUUUCGAAUAUUGAAUGUUUUAUCUUUAUCUGUUGCAAAGAUAUAGUCAUUCUUUUUUUGAUUUGGUUGAUGUUUUACAAGAAACAUGCUGGAACAGAUUUAUAACACUCCAGAUAUAUUAACCAAAUUUAAGUUUUCAGUUUUGUAAAAUGUGUUGGCUGAAUGAAUAAAACAAAAU